GACAAACCUAGUCAGCUGACUUGAGACAGAGAUUUUCGUUCAUUUGUGCAAAGCGCUGUCAUCUUCAACACACUUCUCGAAUUCUAGACUUCAAGUUUGACGAUAUUUCCAAUCCUAUUUGUUACCGUCUGAAACAACAAAAUGGCACUCACCGAUAGCGAUGUUCAAAAACAGAUCAAACAAAUGAUGGGCUUUAUCGAACAAGAAGCCAAUGAAAAAGUCGAGGAAAUCGACGCUAAGGCUGAAGAAGAGUUCAAUAUCGAAAAAGGACGUUUGGUCCAGCAACAGCGUCUUAAGAUUAUGGAAUUUUAUGAAAGAAAGGAGAAGCAGGUUGAGCUGCAAAAGAAAAUCCAAUCAUCCAACUUGCUGAAUCAGGCACGAUUGAAGGUAUUGCAAGCUCAACAGCAGCACAUCCAGAAUCUUUUGGCUGAAUCUCGUACAAGGCUUGCUAAAUCUAGUGCUGAUCGCAGUAAUUAUACUCGGGUCAUCUGUGAUCUGAUUAUUCAAGCAUUGUUCCAGAUUAUGGAGCCUGUAGUAACCAUCCGGUGCCGUCAAGUUGACCUAGAACUGGUAGAAAGUGUACUGCCUGAGGCUAUUGCAAAAUACAGUGAGGCUAUGCAUAAACCAUGCCAGAUUAAUAUUGCCAAAGAGAACUUCCUCCCGGUUGAUACUUGUGGUGGAGUUGAGCUUGCUGCUUUCCACGGUCGCAUCCGAGUCAAUAACACUCUAGAAAAUCGUUUGGAGAUGAUUGCUGGCCAUGUCCGGACGUCUCAAGCGGCCCUAUUCGAGCCUAGUACGCCGAUUCUGUCUGCAAGUGAGCUGGGCUUAAGCGAAGCAGAAUGGUAUUGGGGAAGCGCUACUCGGGAAAAAAUUGACGAUCUCAUGAAAGACACGCCUGACGGAACGUUUCUCGUUCGAGACGCUUCCUCGAAAGUCGGAGAAUAUACGCUGACACUGCGCAAAGGUGGAUGCAAUAAACUGGUGAAGAUUUGCCGUAAUCGUCAAGGCCGUUACGGGUUUUCCGAACCCUAUCGCUUUAACUCCAUACCAGAACUUGUCCAAUUUUACAGAUCCAACUCGCUCGGCGAGUAUAACCCAAUGCUGAACGUUAAAUUACUUUAUCCGGUCUCGCGACUUCAACAUACAGAAGAAGUGGAAGCCAGCAACAGUGACGACCUGGGAAAAAUGAGGAAGCAAUUAGAAAGCGCUCAUCUUGAAUACUUAAACCGGUCUCGCCAGUACAAUCUGUAUCGCGACGAUUAUUCCCGGUGUUCGCAGGAGAUUCAAUUCAAGAAACAAGCAUCGGAUGCCUUUGACGUAGCUGUUCUCAUGUUUGAAGAACAGCUCCUCCUGCACGAUAAGUUUCAACGCGAAGCUCACCGUCACGAGAUUUAUUGCCUUAAGGAGAAUUAUGAACUGUUCAAAUCUCAGAUGAGCAAGCUGAAGCAGUCACGCCAAGAAUUGCAAGAGAAUCUACGGGGGCAGGCGGUUUUAAGCCGGAAUCUAGACCGUGAGAUGAAUGUCCUGAAACCGGAAUUGAAUCAGCUCUGUAAAACCAGAGAUCUCCUUCAAACGAAAUUUCUAUCAACAGUCCUAGUUUACAUACAGCAGCACCCAUCCAGCGUUCACGCUGACAGUCAACACUGGUUACUCCCUGACUGCUCACGUUCGACUGCUGAGUCUCUCUUGGCUGGAAAAGCAGAUGGGACGUUUUUGAUCCGACGCAGUGCAGGCGCUCCUUUUGCUUUAACGAUUGCUUGCCACGGCGUGGAAAAAGGCGUUGGUCACAUCUUGAUUUAUCGGUCCGAGAGAGGAUUCGGUUUCACAGAGCCAUACCUUUUAUUCCAAACUCUAAACGAUUUGGUUGUCUAUUAUGCCGGCCAUUCGCUCGAAGAACUCAAUCCUAAGAUGAACACCACUCUUGCCUAUCCAUUGCACGGAUAGCAAACAUUUGAGAGCAAUCAGUCACGGUAGCCAACGCUGCUGAUUGAUAUCUGUUCGUACACAUAUGCGGUUUCUGUUAUCUGAAGAAGACUGAAUAGCUUGUCAGUUGAACGUCCUAAACCAGAUAGCAACCGCCAUUCAUUACUAAUUUGGUUGGACAUUGCCAUACAUUAUCUAUGGUCUUCGAUUUAGCCAAAUAGAUAUUUUUACCUACCUCUUUUCCGUUUGAUGGUAACAACUCUAUCACUAGAAGUUUCUCUUUGUUCCAGAUAUUGUGCCCAGUCUGGAUCCUGCCAGUUAUAGGUUAGUCAGCGUGUGUAAAGAUCCAUUUCCUUGUCCCAUUUCUUCGUCUUUUUCCCAAAACUUCAAACCUCGCAAAAGCAUACUGGACCCAAACGUCCUACGAAUUUUAAGUAUUCAUAUCCAAGGCAGUAAAAUGUAGGGGUAUGUCCAAUGAUGUGUUCUUUCGAAAUCCUGAGGUACAAAAUGAUGAAAUUUAUUCAAAAUUUUUAAAUAAAUGGUAGUACAUAUUCCGAAAUAAACAUGCACAGAUCUUA